UAAGUUUAAAAUUUUUAUACAAAAAUGGGCAGUGCUUGCAGCUCUAAUAAGAAGAACGUCAAGAAUCCAAAAAACAAAAAAGCCAAAGGUGAUAAGAAAGGCCAAAGUUCUCAAAAUUAUUCAGAAGACAAGAAAGAAAGUCCUGAAACACAAAUCUUACCUGAACCUGUUCCCAGACCUCGAGGAACAUCCAUCAAGAGGCCGAACGGAAUGAUUAUAAAAGAAGAAUCAUCAGAGAGAUCUGAAGAUAACAGCAACAGCUCUGCCCAAGAAUCGCCAAUUUCUGGUAAAGUCAGAACAAUAAAAACAGUCGCUUACAAGAAGAGGGAGCGUUCCAGUUCUCAAGAGUCCAGUGGAGAAGGCGAAGAUAGUGAAGAGGGUAGCGAGAGUGGUAGCUAUGUCGGCACUCUCAAUAAAUCUAGUCUUACUGAUAGAGUUAGUAGAGGUAGACAUUCAGCUAUUUCCUCUAAAUACCAUAAUGCAAUCCUGAAGUUAAUCGAAAAGACUGAUUCAGACAAUUAUGAAACUGUGAUCAAGAAUCUUGACAAAAAUCAAUAUUCCCUGAAGACAGCCUUAAUGAUGCCUUUGGAGGAAUAUAUUGAACAAAAUCAGUCCAAAGAGACUGGAGUUGCCGUUUAUCAGGAGUACACCCCCACAGAGGAACUGUAUGGAAUCUUUCUCGCUAUUGACACCAGAGAAUGGAAAAUCUUCAGAUAUCUCUUUGAAAAGAGAGGCUCAAUAUGGAAUGAAAAACACCUUAUACCCAUUAUUAGACAUAUGGUGGACACUGAAUGGGAAGAUGGAAUAUAUAGCCUCUUCAAACUCAACCGUACCAAAGAAAUGUACCUAUCAAUGUACUCAAAUGAAAGGAAAGCAUUUUAUGACACAAUGGAAGAGAUAUUAGAAGACCUUGUCAGUGAUAUGAGCUCCAAUAAUAUUAUCCUUCGCCAAAUGAUGAAGGGACUGGUGUUAAAACCGUAUGCGACUCUAACCUUCCUCUAUUUGUUCCAUUACAUUCAUGUUAGUGGGGCUAAAAUUCAGGCAAAGGACGUUGACCCCCAGCAAUGAAGAGAUGAUAUCUACGUCUUGUUCAAUAGAAAUGGAGGUCAACUCCACAAGCUAGCUGAAGGUUUUGAUGAAUCCUGCAGCGGAGAUCUUGAAGAGAAGAAAAGAUACAGAAAUAUUUUAGUAAAGCUUAUUGAUUACUCCUUUGUCAUUACUCCAAGUAUGAUCCCUAUUAGUCGAAUCUGGAAGAGCAUCAAAGCAGGAUCUAAGGAUGAUCUAGCCGAUUGAUGCAAAGAAGCCAAGGAAAAUUGGCCCCUAAUCCUAACAUUAAGGAAAACCCCUGUUACUCCUGAAUUCAAACAGCCCUUGGCCGAUGAAAGAGUAAAAUCAAUGUUUGUAAAUAAAUGGAAACCAAUCCAUCUUAUGAUUUAUUAUGGACGAAACAGUAUGAUUGAGCACCUUUUAAGCUUCUCAGGUAGAUCACUAAGGAAGGCAAUGACAAUAGAUAACAAAAAGGCAAUGACUGGUGACGAAAAUUUUCCUCUAAGGCUUGCUCUGAGGUUACAGAACAAGGAUACUUUUAAAGAGCUUUGGAACUUGGCACAUCAAUGGUCUGUUAUGCAUCUCUUCCAAGCAUUGAAAGAUAUAAAAUUACCAAGUAUGUAUUCUGAAGAUAUCUUCAAAAUAUUAUUGACCGACAAAACGACUGAAGAUAUCCUCUAUUUCCUCAACACAAAGAUUAAAGAAGAACUUUAUGAAAUAUUUUUAAACUGCAUCCGGGAAAAUGGCAGGGACAAGAAGAAGCUUAAAUCUUUUCUAAAGAAGCUUAAGAAGUCAGCUCCAAAGGAAAUGGAUAAUAUGGAUGAAGAUUCGAGCCAAACUCACACAAUUGAAUCAGAAAGUAUUGAAUCUGAUUCUUAAAUAAUUUAAUAUGCUCCUGUA